UUGUAAUGUGUGUUAAUGUUUUCAGUGGAUGACAAUAAAUUUAACAAAACCUAUGGGCACAGCUCUGAUGCCAGUUUGCAAGAUGCUCUAAGGGUCUGCCAGAGUGUCUUCAGUAAAUGCACAAGUCGCCUGGCUGGGCAGAGCAUCUUGCUUUUCACUUGCCGAGAUAAUCCUCACGCUGCUGAUGAUCAGAAACAAAGGCAAGCCCGACAAAAAGCUAAGGAUUUGAAGGAGGCAGGAAUUGUGUUAGAAAUUCUACAUAUGGGAAAAACCUUCGAUGUGAAUAAGUUUUAUAAGGACUUGAUAAUACCUGAUGAAGAUGAAGACGAUGAGGACUCUCAAGAAAAGAUUACUCUAGCAGAUCCCACAAGUCGAUUUGAGGAACUGAUGGAGAGAAUGAGACGACUUGAUCACAAACAGCGCACCACUGGCAGGGUCAUGUUUACCUUAGCUCCUGGGGUGGAUAUGUCUGUUGGUGUCUACACAGCAGUUAGAAAGAUGACCAAACCUUAUAAGAUGAAACUGUGGAAGUCAACAAAUGAGGAAUUGAGAUACAUGAAAAAAGAAUUUUUAGAGGAUACUGGAGAGUUGUUGAUGCCCUCAGACUACGUGAAAUACCAGGUGUAUGGUGGGAAGAGCAUCAAGUUUACACUGGAUGAGGCACGUAGCAUUAACAAGGUUUACGAUCCAGGAAUGAAGCUCUUGGGGUUCAAACCCAUCAGCAGUCUCAAACCAUAUUAUCAUGUCAAACCUGCCAACUUCAUUUACCCUGAUGAAAAAUCAGUUAAAGGUAGCAACAAAAUGUUUGCAGCUCUGUUAGAUCGCUGUUUAGCACGAAAAAUGGCAGCAAUUGUGCGGCUGAUUGCACGUCAAGGUUCCUCGGUGUCAUAUGCAGCAUUGAUACCCCAGCAAGAGGAGCUAGAUGAUAAAAACAGUCAGAUAACUCCACCAGGGUUUAUUGCCUGUCACUUGCCAUUUGCUGAUGAUUUUCGCAAAAUACAAUUGAAGAAUUUAGUUCGUGCUACUACAGACCAAGUGGAUGCAGCGAAAGCAGUUAUCAAAAAACUGCAUUUCAAGUAUGCACCGGAGAACUUUGAUGAUCCUGUACUUCAAACACAUUGGCGUAAUAUUGAAGCCUUGGCCCUGAACAGAUUGCAUUUAGAACCUGUAACAGAUUAUACUUGUGAGUUGAAGGUUUCUCUUUAUUACUAUUUUUGUUAA